AUGCACACAUUUACAUAUGUGGAUGAACUACACAGUGCAAAGGAUCUAGUCCAACCAUUUCAAUACAUUGCCACGAAGAAAUCUAGACAAUUUUCAACUUUAUUCUUUGUAUUCCUAAUGCAAACGGUUGCAUCUGAGAAAUAUGCCGAAUUCUUUCCACGAUGCGUGAAGUAUUUUGGUAUGGAUAAAAAUUACCACACACCACGCAUUUCUACACGUGUCAGUCAAAUUACCCCUUGUGAGUUGAAGCAACAGCUUGGAAAUUCUUUACAUGCAUCUUUAAAUAAAGGCGAAACGACUCAGGAGUGCUGCUGA